GUCAGCCCAACCUCACCUCAGCCAAGUCCCCUCUUUGCCAGAAAUAUCUCGACUCGGUCAACAGGACAGUUUCUACCAAAAAAAAAGAUGGAAGAUGCUACACACACUCUCCUCCAAGAUUUUGUCGAUUCGUUGGCGAACCUACCAUCAGAGGUAGGACAUCUAUUGUGCGAGAUAGCUUAUCUAGACUAUGCGAAAAAGUCGGCCAAGGAUGACCAACCUCCGGUUUCUCAAGCGGGCAACGGAGAGUCCGGUUUGAAUAAGAAAUGGUAUUCGGUCGACGAAUCGCGGCGCAAGGCGGCUUCAAAACAAAGCUCCAUCGUUCGACAUUCUCAUAAGGCUCCCAAUAACCUCUUGACUCCUAAUCCCAAAGAGCCCGUCCUCAUCGAAAGGGCCCUCGCUCAUUAUGACGAUGCGAUCAAGUUGAGCAAGGAGAAGGAGAAAUUCGCUUCUGGAGCAGUCAACUUGGUCACUCGACACCUUGAACGACUUAACCAAGAGCUCGCUAAAUUGGCAGCAACGACUGGAGUCGAGGUUCCCGAAUUCAAAAGAGAGCCAUCGGAGCCGCCCACGGCCCCAGGCUCAUUGAAUGCCUUGACCAACGGCGCAUCAAAUGCUGCUGGCACUCCUGCCCCAGCCUCUGAAGCAUCUCGUAGUAACAAGCGAAAACAACUCUCCAUCGAUACACCAUCUCCGCACACCUUUACGCCCACCCAACUUCCAGCCAUAGGAGGGAGUUCUUCAGCUCAAGCGAGCAGCCAAGCCAACAAGCGUCGGGCUGGCCAGGCACGCCAAACCCUUCGUAUUCACAUGCCAUCCAUGCAGCCCAAAGAAACCGAAGAUAUGGCCGCAAUCGAGUACGGCCCAGGCGAGGAAGCUGAGGGCGAUGAGGGAGAAGAGAGUAACGCUGGAGACGAUACCACGCUUUACUGCUUUUGCCAAAAGGUUUCAUACGGCGAGAUGAUUGGUUGUGAUAAUAAAACCUGUCAAUACGAAUGGUUUCAUGUCUCUUGUUUGGGUCUCAAAGAGACGCCAAUAGGCAAGUGGUAUUGUCCCCAAUGCACCGCCGAAGGGAAAGGCCAAAAAUUCUUGCAAACUGGUCGGCAACGCAAAAGAGCUUGAUUCCUCCUCUCUUGCACUCUCUGGGUUGGAAAGCCGGCUUUUCGUGAUUGCUGUCCCCGUUUUUUUUUUGGUCUCUCCACGAGCCUCUGUUUCAAGAGACUCGCCUCACGUUAUAAAUAUAUUGAGAUGUGUAUGUAUACCUUUUUCACAGAUCUCGAUUUGAUUGAUAUCUUGUAAUAUAACAGAACACCUCAGCUGCUCUCUCCCUUACUGCUCGCCAGUAUCACAGUCAUGAUUCUGAGCCAGUAAUUGGUUGCAUGACUUGUUGGGAACCUUACUAUUUUACUUCGGACCGAUUCCUGGUGAUCUCCCAAG